AUGGCUCCAGAGUACGCAUUGCAUGGUCAAUUCUCAAUAAAAUCCGAUGUCUUUAGUUUUGGAGUCCUAAUUUUGGAAAUCCUAAGCGGCAAGAAAAGUAACAGCUUUUACAAAUCACAUGGUACAAGAGACCUUAUAAGCUAUGCUUGGAAGCUUUGGAGAAAUGGUGCACCCUUGGAAUUGAUGGAUCCAACUUUGCAACAGUCUUAUGUUUUGGAUGAAGUCAUUCGAUGCAUCCAAAUUGGCUUACUGUGUGUCGAAGAAGAUGUCAAUAAAAGACCAAAAAUGGCGUCAAUACUUCUUAUGCUUAAAAAUUACUCGGACAAUUUACCUAUUCCUCGACGACCUGCAUAUUUUAUUUCGAGUGGAUCAGAUAGCAUGGCAAGAGAGACAGACCCCAAUCAACCACAAUCUAUAAACGAAGCAUCAAUCAGCGAAUUGUGUCCAAGAUAG